UUAACUUAUUCUUAUGCAUCAUUUGUAAAUCAGUUUAUAGUGAUUAUUGCUGAUAGUUGAAGUACUUCUCGAGGGGAGAGGAUUUGAUUUUAGAGAUUAUUAUAACACGGUGACAGGCAUGACAGGAGUCCAUGAGAUAUUCCAAAAGAGACUGAAAAGUGAUCUUGUUUUAAAGCUUAACAUGCAGUAAAACCAGUGAAUAUGGAACAUGUUUCAGUAAAACCAGUGAAUAUGGAACAUGUUUCAGUAAAACCAGUGAAUAUGGAACAUGUUUCAGUAAAACCAGUGAAUAUGGAACAUGUUUCAGUAAAACCAGUGAAUAUGGAACAUGUUUCAGUAAAAUCAGUGAAUAUGGAACAUGUUUCAGUAAAAUCAGUGAAUAUGGAACAUGUUUCAGUAAAACCAGCGAAUAUGGAACAUGUUUCAGUAAAACCAGUGAAUAUGGAACAUGUUUCAGUAAAACCAGUGAAUAUGGAACAUGGUUCAGUAAAAUCAGUGAAUAUGGAACAUGGUUCAGUAAAACCAGUGAAUAUGGAACAUGGUUCAGUAAAACCAGUGAAUAUGGAACAUGGUUCAGUAAAACCAGCGAAUAUGGAACAUGUUUCAGUAAAACCAGUGAAUAUGGAACAUGUUUCAGUAAAACCAGUGAAUAUGGAACAUGUUUCAGUAAAAUCAGUGAAUAUGGAACAUGUUUCAGUAAAACCAGUGAAUAUGGAACAUGUUUCAGUAAAACCAGUGAAUAUGGAACAUGUUUCAGUAAAACCAGUGAAUAUGGAACAUGUUUCAGUAAAACCAGUGAAUAUGGAACAUGGUUCAGUAAAACCAGUGAAUAUGGAACAUGUUUCAGUAAAACCAGUGAAUAUGGAACAUUUUUUAUGUUUGCUGAAGAUGUUACAAUAUGUAGACAGAUGCUUCAUAGAGUC